AUGGGUCUGGCUAACAGCGUAAGUCCGGGACCGGCCAGAGACCAGACUCUGGUCCGGCAGCAGCACCGCCGGGUCGGCCUCCUCCUCUACUGCGUCCUGUCAGCAGCCGCUGCCGGAACCAUCUUCAUCACCCUGACGGUCCUCUGCAUCAUCAUCAUCGGCCGCUGGUGCUGGCCCCGGCGGCCUGGAGCUUCUCCCCAGGACGAGCUGCUGCUGCUGGGCCUCCUGCUGUCCUCCGGCUCGGUCCUGUUCUCCGGCCUGGACCGGACCUCGCUGCCGGGCCCGACGCUGGAGAUGUUCUGCUCUGUCCAUCUGUGGACUCUGUCUCUGGGUCACACUGUGGGUUUGGCGGCGCUGCUCACCAGAACCUGGAGGGUCUACUCUGUCUGCAGCGUCCGGCUGAAGAACCAGAACCGGCUGCAGGAAACGGGCCGCGUUCAGCUCUGGAUCCUCCUGCUGGACCUGCUGGUUCUGACCUCCUGGCAGAUCCUGGACCCGCUCAGACGGGAGGUUCUGCAGCACCAGAUGGAGGACGUGGCGGCUGAUCAGGACGUCGUCGUUCGCUGGUCCUCUGAACGCUGCAGCAGCGCCAACAUGGAGCUGUGGCUGACCGCCGUCUGCGGAUACAAAGCCCCUCUGCUGGGUCUGGGCUGCUUCCUGGCCUGGAACAUCCGGACCGCGGACGCCGCGGCGCCGGCGGUCAGCGGUCAGCUCCUGGCUCUCAGCAUGUUCUCCCUCACCGGGUUCAGCGCGUCCACAGCGGCCGGGUCGCUGCUGACCUCCAGUGACCCCGCCGCCCAGUUCUGUCUGUGCAGCAUCCUCAUCCUCAGCUGCAACCUCUUCAUCCUCAUGGGCCUGUUCGCACCUCAGGUUCUCUGCUUGCUGAGCAGCAGCAGCGAGGAGCUGCAGCGGGUGGAGGAGCUGCAGCGGGUGGAGGAGCUGCAGCGGGUGGAGGAGAUGCAGGCUGAUGCUGCAGAGGAAGCGGGCGUUGAGCGUCUGAGGAGGAGGAACCAGGACCUGAGGAGUCAAAGCGCCCAGCUGGACGUCCAGAUUGAAACCAUCACCAUGGAGCUUUCUGCCCCGCUGCAGGAGGAAACGGGAUGUGGAACGGCGUCUGGGACUCAUGACGCCCAGGUCUGUGCGGCGAGACCUCCAGCUGAGAACAUCAACUCCCCAGAGCGCAUCCGGCGCCGGCUCUCCCUGCAGCUGCCCAUUCUCCAUCUCUCCUACCUCCCCGUCAUCGGCGGCGUCUGCUCCAGCAGCUCCAGCCUGUUCGGCGAACAGGAAGUCGUCGCUCCCCGCCAGCAGGACCACUUCCUGUAUAGCUGAGGACAGGAAGCUGUGCAACCAGGAACUUCCUGUGGGAAAAUAGAGCAAUGAAUAUGAACUGUUGUUGAAAUAUUUAGACAGUAUAAAUUAUCUUCCUUUUAUUGUCAUUAUUUUGUAGAAAUCAGUUUUUACUUCAUCAUGAAAGGUUUUGCCAAAAAAGCCAAAUUUUGUUGAUAAAGAAUUUAUAAAAACAACAAAAGA